UGCCAAGAUGCCGAUCGUAGCCAAGUCACCGUCGGCAUUGGUGCCCAAGCGCAAGCGCAGCGACUCGACUGCAGACGAAAAGAGCCACAAGAUUGCCCACAAAGGCUCGUCUGGCGCACAGUGGCGAGCGAAUCACUCCAUCGAAGUCAUUGGCCCUGCCGCACACUACAACUGCCCCGACCCGAUCUUGGCGUUCAAGGAUACCCCGUUCUCGCCGGCCAUUAUCAAGUGUCUCGAGACGGCCGGGUAUACGGCGCCGACUCCGACGCAGUCGCAGAGCUGGCCCAUCGCGUUAUCCAAGCAAGACAUGAUAUCCGUCGCCAAGACGGGCUCCGGCAAGACAGUCGGCUUCCUCUUGCCUAGUUUCCACCACAUCAUGCAGCAAAAGUCGUCCGGACGCGAUCCUCGAAUCCUUGUGUUGGCCCCGACGCGCGAAUUGGCGACCCAGAUCGAAGUGGAGGCCAAGAAGUUCAGCCGGGUCCAGCCCGCCGUGCGCACCGCGUGUGUGUUUGGCGGCGCGCCAAAGUUCAACCAGCUCAACGCGUUGUCCACAGGUGUUGACUGCCUCGUGGCGACCCCCGGUCGCUUGAACGACUUCAUUCAAAUGCGCAAAGUCAACUUGGCGAACGUGUCGAUUUUGGUCCUGGACGAAGCCGAUCGAAUGCUCGACAUGGGGUUUGAGCCGCAAAUUCGCACGAUCGUGGCGCAAAUCCCUAAGAACCGCCAGACGCUCCUCUUCAGCGCCACGUGGCCCAAGAGCAUCCAGAAGAUGGCGCGGGAGUUCCUGAAGCAUCCAGUCCAAGUCAACAUGGGCGACAUCAACGUGCUCCAAGCGAACAAGGACAUUGAGCAAGUCAUCGAUAUUUGCCGCGAAGACGAGAAGAAGGACAAGUUGAUCACGCUCAUGAAUCGGAUCGUGACGAUGACCGACCCGACCAACACGGACGUGACCGAGCACGUGAAAACUAUUGUGUUCUUCCGCACCAAACGCACUUGCGAACGCCUCGGCCAAGAAUUCUGGGACGCCGGGUACGCAGUCGGAUGCCUCCACGGCGACAAGGAGCAGUUCGAGCGCACGCUGACCAUGAACCAGUUCAAGCAAGGUACGGUCAAGCUGCUCUUUGCGACGGACGUCGCCGCGCGCGGCCUGGAUGUCAAGGACGUUGGUGUUGUCAUCAACUUUGACAUGCCUGGCGGCACCAACGGCAUCGAAGACUAUAUUCAUCGCAUUGGACGAACAGGUCGUGCUGGGGCCAAGGGGACGGCAUUUUCGUUCUUUACGUCGACCGACCAACCUUGCGCGAAGAAAUUGAUCGAAAUCCUCACGGCGGCACAUCAGCCAGUGCCAUCGCAACUCGCCGACAUGGCGACCCGUAAAGGCGGUGGCGGAGGUGGCCAAAAAGGCGGUCGCUUUCGCGGCGGCGGCGGACGCGGCGGCGGCUUCCGCAAGAAGUGGUAAAUAUUUCUUAUUCUUAUUAUAAGCUACAAUACAAGCGACUUGUUGUCGUCGUCGAGUCGUCUGCCAUCGACAG